AUGUCUCGAACCUACGGCGCUGCGGAGCUGCACAUGCUGCUCCCUGGACCGGGCAGCGGACAUGCGUGUCUGGCGCUGUACGAUGUGUGUCCUCACACGACACACUCGUCGGUCUCACACGCCAGGGAUCCGUACGUGCACCAGACCCUCCUCUUCGCUCCUCCGCCCGCACGGUCUCUCGAGCGCAGAGACGAAGCAGAGGGGGGUAUCCACACGAGGAGACUCAGCAGCACAUUCUCGCAGCACCCUCUAGCCAGCAUCCCAACAAGCCCUCUAGCCCGCCUCGUCCUCUCCAAACACUCCCCCGUAACCCGCUCCCUCCGCGCCACCGCCGCCUUUCCACCCCCGCCGCCGCCGCCGCCGCCAGCAAUCUACCUCCUGACCUUCGCCACGGACCGCUCGCCCUCCACCCGCAGCUUCGCGCACCUGCUCAACACCCACCUACCCGCGCACAUACCGCUUUUAUACACCAUCGACGCGCGCACGCUCCCCGUUCCGCCAGCGCGGCUGUGCGCGGCCUACUCGGGGGUAGCGGCGGCGGUGCAGGAUUUCGUGCUGAGAGACGAGGGGGCGCGGGAUGCGGUGAGGAGGGCGGUGGAAGAGCUGGUGCGGGCUGCGUGUGUGGACGGUAGUGGUGGUGGUACGGGAGGGAGGGAGGUGGCGUUGGCGGUUUGUUGUACGGCGGGGACGCAUCGCAGUGUUGCUAUUGCGGAACUGGUGGCGCUGGGGGUGAGGAGGGAGGUUAGGAGGGUGGGGUCCAAGGACGGGGUCAAGAUCGUCGUGAGACAUGUGCAUCGUGUCAGAGGGGUCGAGGAUCCGUAUUGA